AUGAUUAAAUUGCUAAUUCUAACCUCAAGUUUCGCUCAAGCAAUAUUAUUUACUAAACCACAGUGUGUUGAGUUUGACGUAGAAUCUACCCACUUUGGGAACCACCUAACGGUUUUAGACAACCCAGAUUUACUGGUGGUCAAGAUCAAAGACCCAAAAAAACAUAUUUUAGGUCAAAUCAAGAUCGGAAAUUUAUUUGAAAAGGGAAAUUGCAACUAUUUGUCUCGACACAUUGCCAUUGACAAGUCCAACGAAAAGAAGAGAGUAAAGGUCGUAACCGAUUACUCUACGGGCAGGUCCAUAGUAUCAGAGUACAUAGAAGAAUCUAAUGGAAAGUACAAAGUGUUGAGAAGAAAUCCAUUUUCACUUAAUUUUGAUGACACACUACCUGAACACGUACACCAAGUUUACGACAACCACCAUGAACUGAAUAAAAUUCAGGUUAAAAAUUCACUCCAGGAACUAAAAAUAGGGACCGUAACCCUUGGUGACCACGUUAUAGAGGAUUUACCUAAUAGCCUCGAACGCAUUAUAUACUUUUGGGAUUCUGAAGAUGGAACGAGAAUAGUCAAAAUCGAUACACAUUUAAACGACAACAGACUAUUAUCAGACAGUUUUAUAGAGGAGUCUCCAGGGUCGAAAAAAUACUUAAAAAAAACAAAGUGCGGAAGCACUCGCCUACAUUUUACUGGGUGUCGGGACGAUUAA